AUGAGUAGGCAAUUGAAAGGGAAACAAUACGACAAAGUAGCUCUGCAAAAUGCAGUGCAUGCUGUUAAGUCAAAAUCGAUGGGCUAUUUAAAGGCAUCAAAAUUGUACGGUGUCCCAAGAACAACUAUCUAUGAUAAGGUUGUUGGUAAAUCAUCCGUUGAGAGCUUUCAGGGAUCUCCAACUCUUUUAUCUUCGAAAGAGGAAUCCCGAAUCGUUAAGUGGUUGACAGACAUGUCAAAAAUAGGGUAUGGACGUAGUAAACAAGAGCUACUGGACGUUGUGCAAAAAAUAAUCCGGGCAGAUGGUAGACCAAGUCGUUGUAAAGAUGACAGACCAGGUAAAGAUUGGUACUACAGUUUUAUGAACAGGCAUCCUGAAAUUUCGUUAAGAUCGCCGAGACAGUUAGGUAAAGAAAGGGCAGUCAUUAAACCUGAACAUGUUGAAAAGUGGUUCACAGAUUUCGAGUCUUUCAUUAAGGAUACUGUCCCUGAUCCAGUCAUACUUCUAGACCCAACGCGGCUGUACAACGCCGAUGAGACAGGGUUCAGUAUGUGUCCAAAAACGGGGCAUGUUCUGGGUCUAAGAGGUGCAAAAUCGGUUUAUAAUAUAACUGCAUCAGAUAGAUCACAGAUAACAGUUAUGGCUGGAAUGAGCGCCGCUGCUCAUUAUCUGCGCCCGAUGAUAGUGUUUGCUGGGCAGAGAUUUACCAGAAAUAUGUUAGAGGGGUUUGAUGAUGCAGUAUUGGGGAGGUCAGAAAACGGAUGGAUGGAUAGUGAAUUGUUUGUCAUUGUGGCUAAAACCGUUUUCAUCCCAGAUAUAGAAGAAAGGCAGGUGAAAAAGCCAGUAAUUUUGUUUGUUGAUGGACAUAAAACACAUAUGACUAUUGAAGCAUCUGAUGUAUGUAAAGAUAAUGGGAUCAUAUUAUAUUGCCUACUGGAACAUGCUAGUCAUCUAAUGCAGCCAUGUGAUCUAAGACUGUUUUCGUCCCUAAAGGAAACAUGGAAAUCUUCUUUACGUGAAUGGCAGAUAGAUCAUGUAGGUCAGUAUGUGACAAAGUUUGAAUUUGCUGCGAUAUUCAAAAAGGCAUGGGUAAAUGCAUCAAAGGUUGAGAAUGCUGUGAAUGGAUUCAGAGACGCAGGCCUUUUUCCAUUAGAUAAAGACAAAGUAUUAAAGACUGACAAGUUUCAAACAAGCAUUCUGUUCAGACAAAAAGAAAGUAAAUCAAAUGAAACAGAAGAUAAUAGAACAACUGAACAGACAGAAACAGCCCAAGAUGAGGAAAGCAGACCAGACACUCAGAUGAGACAAGUAGAACAAACAGUUGCAAAAACAGAAUGA